CACGGGUGGGCAGUCAAAACACAAUGAGCGGAUGUGAGUUUUCUACAUCAUGUAUCCACAUGUACAGUAAUGAACAUUGCUCAUUAUGUGAUACUGGGCAAUCAGGAUAAUUUAUUUUUACGUUUAGCUAUUCCCUCUUUAAGCGUUACAUAAAGUCGUAUCGCUCCUUUAUAAAAACUCGCUGUAUAUAUGGUGAGAUUUAAUACUUAUGACGGCAUGAGGCGAAUUUGAGAUCGUCUGUAAGUAGUAGUCCCUUUUUAGGCGGAUGCAGUGGACUGAAAGCUGUAGUAGUUUGUGGUGAUCUCUCAGUACCUGCGUCUCUCCACAUGAUGCUUCCAGAUCUCGGCAGCCUGCUUGGUUUCAGCACGGAGAAGAUCGAAAAGGGGGAUUUCAUAUUGCUUUCUGACAGAAAUGCCGACGCCUCGUUUCUCAUUAACCAUUUCCUGUCCUUAUACCUGAGAGCGGGAUGUAAGGUGUGCUUCCUCGGUCUGGUACAGUCCUUCAGCCACUACAGUGCGGUGGCCCUGAGGCUGGGCGUGAAUCUGGUCCAGGCCAGAGAACAGGGUCAGCUGGUCUUCCUGGAGGGGCUAAAGGACUCAGUGAGUCAGCUGCUGCAGCAGGGCCCCAACUCAGAGGCCUGUCCAAUGGGAUUCCUCAGAGGCUCCCAAACAGAUCUGCGGAGCCUGUUCCGGUUUGUACAGCGAUCGGUGGGUGGGGCAGGUGAAUGGAGCCCCUCCAUACUGCUGGUGGAUGAUAUGAGCGUCUUGCUGAGCCUGGGCGUCAGUGUGGGGGCCAUACUGGACUUCAGCCACUACUGCAGGACCACUGUGUGUCACCAGCUGCAGGGUAAUAUGGUGAUGCUUGUGCGAGUUGGCGAGGAGGAGGACGAUGAGGAGGGCCCUGAGCUGCUGUUGAAGGCGCUCACUCACCAGUGCUCCUUGGCGCUCAGUGUCCAGGGCCUGCCCACCGGCUACUGUAGGGACAUCCAUGGGCAGGUGGAGGUGCGCUGGAAAGAGCGUGGUGCUGGCCCAGGAGGGGCGCUCACCCAGAAGAAGCUGCUGCAGUACAAGGUCCACGACAAGGGGGUGUCCUUCUUCGCCAGGGGAACGUCCAGUGCCGUACUCUGAAGCGGCGGUGACAGGUGGCCUUGUGCCGUGUGGAUUGCAGGCUGUGUGUGGUCCUCACUUACGACAGUGCUGCCCAGACCAGAGCUGGUAACCAGAGUCCAAUGUCUACCAAGCCCUUAAAAUCGGAAGCUAUGUUUGACGGUGUUUUCUACUGCUAGAGCUCAAAUUCUGAACUUUAAUGUGCAGGAAAGCUUCUGGGGUUGGACACUGCCGCUGUGUUCAGCUCUACUGUAAUAAACACAUUUUUCAGUG